CCAACGUGCACCUUUCUAGGAGCAAUCAACAGAUCAUUGAUUGCCCUCACAGCCCCAAUUUGUUUCUAAUUCCCUCCUCCUCCUUGAAACCUCGUCUUGCGCAGAUGCACAACUUAAUGGACGUCACCCACAUAACUCGUAUAUUACUCUAUUUACGGAUAUUACGAACGUUGACCUGAGCACGAACUUUAAAUAUACACACGAGCCAACGACAGCAAGCAUGGCACCAACCACCAAACAGGUGCCACAGACACCACAAGACCGCCGGAAGGGAGAAUCUGCCCUCAGCGACUUCGCCGACUACGUCCAGAAGCAACAGACCCUCCGACGAGCACCAGGCGCCCCGGCGCCCCCCCUCGAAGAGCACGACGAGCUCGACAUAAUCGACCAGCUCGGUCUCGACGAGGAAUCUAGCCAUAUCCGGCUGAGGGAGGUGCUGCUGGACAAGCAGACGGAUGCGGAGGAAUGCGUCAGGGCGCUGGCGGAGCACUUGACCGUGCGCAUGGACGAGGGCCACAACGAGACGCUGUUCGACCUCGGUCUGGAGGAUAAUGGCGAUUCGAUGGGGUUCAGCAUCGACGACUGGGGCUUUGCGCUCGAGCGGCUCGAGGCGGCUGCCGUGGUGGCGAAUGCGGAGUGUCGAUUGCUCAUGACGCGGAAUGUGGGUGGUGAGGAGGAUGUCGGGCCUGCGAAUGCGAAGGAUAAGAGUUCGUCGGGGAAGUUGAUGAUACGUCGGAAGCCAGAGACGGUGGAUGACGUGAUUGAGACGCGGAUUGCGGUGGUUGGAAAUGUGGAUGCUGGCAAGAGUACCAUGUUGGGAGUUUUGGUGAAAGGAGGUCUCGACGAUGGCCGUGGUAAAGCGCGUGUGAACCUGUUCCGACAUAAACAUGAGAUUGAGAGUGGUCGAACUAGCUCGGUCGGCAUGGAGAUUAUGGGUUUCGACUCCAAAGGCCAUGUGGUGACAUCUAAUGUCCCUGGGAGGAAACUCACAUGGGAGGAGAUUGGACGACGAUCAGCGAAAGUGAUAAGCUUUACUGAUCUGGCAGGCCAUGAACGUUAUCUACGAACCACUGUGUUUGGUCUGCUUAGCAGCGAGCCGAAUUACUGUCUUCUAAUGGUUGCUGCGAAUAACGGCCUCAUCGGUAUGAGCAAAGAGCAUCUCGGUAUCGCCUUGGCGCUCAAUGUCCCAGUCAUGGUGGUCAUAACCAAAAUCGACAUCUGCCCGCCAAAUAUCUUGGAACAGACCAUAACGCAAUUGACUAAAAUCCUCAAAUCCCAAGGUGCUCGCAAAAUCCCAGUGUUCAUCAAGAACCGCGAAGAAUGCGUCAACACCGCUACCCAAUUCGUCUCCCGCCGCAUCUGCCCCAUCUUCCAAGUCUCCAACGUCACCGGCCAAUCCCUCGAUCUCGUCCGCAUGUUCCUCAACAUCCUGCCGCACCACGGUAACUACAACGCCGACGCCCCCCUCGAAUUCCACGUCAACGACACCUUCUCCGUCCCCUUCGUCGGCACCGUCAUCUCCGGCGUCGUCAAAUCCGGCGUCAUCCACACCGGCGACACCAUCCUCGUCGGCCCAGACUCCCUCGGCCAAUUCACAACCACAAAAGUCCGCUCCAUCGAGCGCAAACGCAUCCCCGUCCCCGCCUGCUCCGCCGGCCAAAGCGCCUCGCUCGCCCUCCGCAACGUCCGCCGAAAGGACGUCCGCAAAGGCAUGGUCGUCCUGCACAAGCCCGAAAACGCCGCCGCCGCCGCACCAAAGGUAUACCGCGACUUCGUCGCCGAGGUCCUGAUCCUCAGCCACGCUACUACCAUCAAGACAAAGUACCAGGCCAUGCUGCACGUCGGACCCGUGUCGCAGACCUGUGCGAUCAUCGACAUCGAUCGCAGCUAUAUCCGCACGGGCGACCGCGCGACUGUCGCUUUCCGCUUCGUGCAGCGCCCGGAGUAUCUCGCUGUUGGCGAUAGGAUAUUGUUCCGUGAGGGCCGGACGAAAGGGUUGGGCAUUGUCAAACAGCUGGGGUAUGAUGCGAGUAAGCCUCUGAAUCCGGACGUCUUGAAGGACCAGAAUGCGAAUGGCGAGGUGGCGGUUUGAGUGUGCUGCUGACAGACAGGUCUUGGCUGGCUGGCUGGCUGUUCACAUUACGAUAGUAGUUUUGUUUCUUCCUGUUUCUGUCAACACCUAGCAUUCAUCUCCAUUAAGCGUUUUGUUCAACAUAAACUAUGUCGUCUUUACAUACUAUUUCUCAAAACCUAGACGCAAAUCUUCAAAUCACAUCAAAUAGCAGAGUCAUCCAAAUCGCCUUGAGCACUCACUCAUUAGCGCAAAACGAUUCACAAAACCCCUUACUUUAAGACAAAUGCUAGCCCUCUCGUGGUUUCUCUCAAAACCAAGCCCCCCCCCC